ACAUCGAUGGCAACAAGAAUUAUAUGAACUGGUCCAACAAGAUAACGAACGAGUUGAUACCUAUGCCGCCAAGUUUAAGCAACUCCUAUCUCAAGUAGAUUUUGAAGAAAGAAUCCCUAAGAACUAUGUAGUAAGCAUGUUUCUAAAAGGCCUCAAGAGUAAUACUACCACCUUUGUUACAGUUAUCAUUCUGAUAACAUUAACAGAAGCAAUUAUAGCUGCCCGAAGAGUUGAAACAGAAAACUACUACGGACAAUAA